AUUAUGAACAGGUUAUGUUUAGUUUGUAUCUUGAAUGCUCCAUUUCCAGUUUAAGCAAUAAGUAUGCAAACUGUCAAAUCUUCCGCGAUAUUCCGUCAAGUAAUGAGAGAUCAUUCUUAUAAAAUGGAACAAAAUGAAACCGUUGUUACGAAUGAGGAUGACUGCGAUAACUCCGAAGGCGGUUCGAAAAACGGGGACAGUCUGCUGAUAAGUUUAGUCCAAAAUUACCCUCACCUCUACGUGAAAACAUCGAAAAAUCAAAAGGAUUAUGCGCUAAGGGAGAAGUCCUGGCAGGAAAUUGCCGCGAUUUUAGAACAGCCAGCUAGUGAAUGUCUGAAGCGUUGGACACGACUCAGAGAGCGAUAUUCUAAGGAGAAACGAUUGAGCGAACAAAAUAUGAGGAAUGGAGUAACAUUCACGAUCCGACAGUGUUGGCCACACUAUGCAGAGAUGGGAUUCCUCGCCCAACACAUCGUUGGAAGGAGAUCGUACAGAAAUAUUAAUACGAAAGCAAAGAAUUUGAAACAUGUGCGAAAGUAUAAAAGUGAAACUCCAUCACCAUCUGACAAUCCGUCACUAUCUCCAUCCCCAGCGACGCAAUACACAGCAACUCUAUUAGUGCAGUCUCCAGUGACUUCGCCAUCAACGUCAACAGCGAUAGUUGAGUCUUCCGAUCCAUUGUCUCUCCUAGCAUCAGAAAACAAUCGAAUUUUUCCUUCGUCUGACCAAAAUGAGCAGCGAGUCGAGAACGUUCAAGAAUCAAUAGCAGAAAUGGCAACAACAGUUACAAAUCAUUUACGCAAUUCGAAUCAGCAACAAGAAACAUCUGAAGAUCUGUUUUGCAAAUAUCUGGCUUCAGAACUGAAGAAGAUGUCAGAGGAAGAAAAGAAAGCAACAACAAGACGACUUAUGGAUGCUUUAUUUCAGGAGAAUACUUAAUGAGUAGAUUUUAAGUUUCAUACUAGGAUUAUUUAAAUGUUUUUACCUCACGUUCAAGUUUAUAAAUGUAUGUAACAAAAACAGUAUAAAUUUUAUACAGAUAAAUAGCCGUUGGGCUCAGGUAGCUACACUUUGCAAAGUGAAAACAAAUCUAUAAAUUGUCAGGUCUAAUUGAUAGGCCGUAUUUCGUGCUGGAAAUCAAUGUAAUUCAGAGCUUGCGAAAUUAGUCCGCCUAAAUUACCCAAUAAGUACUUAAAUGAAAAAUAAUAUUCUGUAUAUAAAUACAGGCAAAGAAUAUUUUAACAAGUUUCAAUCAAUUCCAAA